AUGAUGGGUGAAAAUUCAGGUCAACCUCUGCUGUUAUCGAAUCCUUCGGUUGAUAGAGACGAUGUAAACAUUAUCGGAGGUCAUUUACUAGUUGCUACUCAAUCCGAUGAACUCGAACGAAGACAAUCGGCCAUUCCUAAAACAGGCGAUUGGAACACCAGUAUGGUUAGUCAAGUAUGUCGUGAAGGGGAUAUUGAUCGUUUACGUGAAUUUAAAGAGUACAGUCUGCAGACAUUGAGCUGUGGUAAACAUGCAGCUGAAAUAGCUGAUCGACUUGAUUUAGAAACAGGCCUUUCACCCUUACAUCACGCUGCUCGGUAUCAACAAUUGGAUGUUUGUCUUAUGCUUUUAUCGAGUAUUGAUUUUCGAUUUGGUAUUAAUAUUAAAGAUGCAAAUGGUAGAACGCCGAUGCAUUCAGCAUUUCGUCCUUCGAAUCUUUUAAAUACCAAUAGUUCUAAGCAAGAAAAACCAUUUGACAUCGAAACGGAUUUUGACAAUAAAAUUCUAGACGUUGACAUUUGGCAAGAUGAAUAUAAAAAUAAAAUCUUUUCAAAGGAUCAUCCAUUAAUUUAUUUAUUUGCUCUAGCCAGUGGAAAUGUUAAUGCACGUGAUAAAUUUCUUCUCACACCACUUCAUUAUGCUGUAGCUCGGAAUAAUCUUGCUGGUGUUAAACAAUUAAUAAAAUUGAAUGCAAAUAUUGAAGCAUCAGAUCGCCAAGAUAUACAUCCAUUACAUUUAGCAUGUAAAGAAGGUUUUUUAUCAAUCGUUGAAUAUUUAAUUGAAUGUGGUGCAAAAAUCGAUGCUAUUGAUGCAGAUGAAUGCAUACCCUUGCAUUAUGCAUGUGCUAAAGGUCAUUUAGAUAUAAUAAAAUUGAUUAAAUCAAAGGACGAAAUUAAUUUUCAAAAAUUUGUUCAGAUGAAAACAAAUGCAAAAGCAACAUGCUUACAUUUGGCAGUACAACAUGGAAAUACUCUAUCCGUUCAAUAUAUUCUUAGUGAAUUUCAUGGUGAUGCUUUAGAAAUGUUAGUCAAUGAUAAAAUAGAAUCAUUUGGAACUCCUCUACAUAUAGCAGCAAAAUUUUGCGAUCCAUCCAUGAUCAACCUUCUUCAUCAAUUUGGAGCCGAUCCAUUGAUAUUGAAUUCACAUCAUCAAUCAUCACUUCAUAUCGCUAGUGCUGCAAAUCGACUUCCGAUCGUUCAAAAACUACUUUCUCUAAGUCAAUCAUCUUUAUUAGAAAUAAAAGAUCGUCAUGGUCAAACAGCUUUAUCUGUAACAACACAACUCGAUAUUGUCAAUGAAUUAAUUGCAUCUGGUGCUGAUAUUUCAAGUAUUGAUAAUAAUCAUAUGAACGUAUUAAUGAUUGCAGUAUCGAAAGGUCAAAAAAUGAUUGUUGAACAUUUACUAUUGGGUAUCAGUGAUCAAUUAUUGAAAGUAUUUGAUCAAGUAACAAAAAAAGAUAAUCGUACAAUAUUUCUAGUAGCUGCUCAAACAGGUUCUAUUGAUAUGUGUUCAUCACUAUUAACGCAUCCAAAUGUUCGUUGGGAUACAAUAGAUAAACAACGUAUGAAUGCAUUUCAUAUAGCUGCAAGAAAUAAUCACUCGAAAUUAAUUGAAUUUCUGUGUGAAAAAAUGACACAAUCUGACAAAUUAAUAUCAAUGAGUAGUCGCAAUUAUUCAAUAGUAAGAGCAAAUUCUGAACUAGUAAAUAUUUCACAAACAUCAUCAACAUUAUAUUUAUAUAUUGAUGCACAAAAUGAAGAUGGAAAAACACCAUUACAUUUAGCUGCCGAACAGGGUCAUACAGCAUGUGUAGAAAUUCUUCUUAAAUAUGGUGUUGAUGUUUUACUUCCAAAUUAUCUUGGACAAUUAGCACUUCAUGUUGCUAUACAAAAUGGUCAUAGUGAAUGUGUUGAUUUAUUAAUAAAAGCUUCGGCAAGAAAUAUGGUUGAUUUUGAAUCAGCUCUAUCAAGAAGACAAUCGCCUUUGAUAACGGCUUGCCGAAAUGGCUUUGUUGAUAUUGUUCGUCUUUUACUUUCACAAAAUAUCGGACUAGAUCAUGAGAAUAAUAAUAAUGAUAAAGAACAAAAAGAAGAAGAAGAAGAAGAAGAAAAUCCGUUAGAAAUAGCAAUUAAAUAUAGACAAAUUGAAACCAUUCAUGUACUUCUAGAACAUCCAAAUAUAGAAAAUUGGCUUACACCAGUAAGAAAAACAAAACAAUAUUAUCAUCAAACACCAUUAAGAGAUAUGAUACGAUAUAUUCCUCAAUGUGCAAAACAUGCAUUUGAUAAAUUAAUACUAACAACAAAUGAAAUAGAUCUCAAUGAAAAUACAUUCGAAAGAAUUACAUAUAAAUAUGAAUAUAUUGAUGAUUAUUUUCUGAAUGAUGUUCAAUUAUAUACUACAAAUAGUAAUCAACUUUAUCGUAAUCAUCCAUUUAUAAUCGCGCUUGAUAGUGAACAUCAUUCUCUACUUGAACAUCCUUUAGCUCGACAACUUAUAUUACGUAAAUGGAAACUAUAUCGUCCAUUUUUUUAUGCAACUCGUAUACUAACAUUUUUAUUAUUACUUUGUUUAACAUUCUAUGUUCUUACUGUGUCUGCGCCCAAUAUAAAAUCACCAAAACCUAUAUCUUCACCGUUAAUUAAAAACUUAAUACUACCAAUGAGAUGGAUUAUAUUGAUUUUAGCUGGAAUGAAUUUAUUUAAAAUACUUCUAGAAAUAAUUUUCUAUCGUGGUUUACGUGUGCCAUUUGCGCAAUUGUUUAGUAUGAUUUCAUUUUUAACAUCAAUCAUGGCUUUUAUACCAUAUGAAAACACCGAUCAAAUCAUAGAUUGCCAAUGGCAAUUAGCAGCACUGUCAACAUUAUUGCAAUGGUUUAAUAUAGCAUUCAUGUUACGUUCAGUUCCAUUUAUUGGAAAUUUUAUUGUUAUGUUCCAAUCAAUAUUACUUAACUUUUUUUCCUUAAUAUUUGUUAUUUUGCCAUUACUCAUAGCAUUUACAAUUGCAACAAAAAUGAUAUUUUUUAAUCAUUCAGCAUUCUUAACUAUUACGACAUCGAUGCAUAAACUGACAGCAAUGCUUAUCGGAGAAUACGAUUAUGAAACGUUUUUUUUCUCGAAACCAACUUUUUUAGCAGCGUCUUUGCUUUUUAUACCAUUUAUUGUUAUAAUGACCUUUGUUUUCAUGAAUCUUUUAUUAGGUUUAACGAUUGGUGACAUACAUAUUUCUAUGGAAAAUGCGCGAGCAAAAGCCAAUGCUUAUCGAAUUCGUGAACUCAUCUAUAUUGAAUCUACUGUACCGAGUAUAAAAUGGCUAAGAUCAAAUAUUAUCAAAUGUGAAUUUAUGGAUAAUGAUUCGAUAUUAAAAAAACAUGAAAGCAAUAAAAAUGAAGAAAAUGAUUAUAAUGAAAAUGUAUUAAAUCAGCAGAUUUUUGUUGAACUUGGAAAAUUACUUGAUAUUCUUAACGUAUUAUGUUCACAAGCCAAACAAGUUUUAGAGACAGAAAUCAAUUUAGACAUUAUACUGAAACAAUUAUUAUCAGUUCGAAAAGCUCAAGAUUCAACAGGAUCAAGUACAUCUGAUUUAAACACUACGUGA